AAGUAUUUCAGGAGCAGUUAGGAGCCCCACUUCUCUGUCCUCAGAGUAGCCACUGACGUCCCGAUAGUUGCAUUGCGCAGAAAACAUAUAGCACCAAACUGGCAAGUUACGGUUCAUCAACCUUAAAAAGAGCACAUUCCGUGAUUGGAAGGCGUAACUAUGUUUUUCCUUUGUGACCACGGUGCGCAAAGGCUUUUUCUUGUCGCUAAAGCUCACUGACAGAUUUUCUUGCUCAGUUUUGAAAUUUUCCUGAAGUGAACAAAGUGGACGGAGUCGCCCGUGGAGUGGGGUGCGACUGCCUUAGUGCUGGAGAGCGAUAAAGGGUUAAGGACGGAAAGUGGAAAGUGUGUCUCAGCAUGGAUGAGAAUGAGCAGAGCGCAAGAGACGCGGAGCAGCGAGGAGCGGCGGAUGAGUCCAACAGUGCCAUACGACCUCUUCUGCAAGCUCCAGGGAACCUGCAGCUCCCGCACCGCAUCACAAACUUCUUCAUCGACAACAUCCUGCGACCGGACUUUGGCCGCAAGAAAGAAGCGAACAUCACGCGCGAUGAGGGCAAUCUCGGCGCGCGAGAGAAUCACAACCCUACGGGUCCUAGCACGGGACAGGUGGUAAGUACUGUACCAGCAGAGGGGACUUCCACAACACACACGAGCAGCGGAGGAAAGAAAGCAGAGAUAGAGAGCGAAGAGCCCCUGAAGACCCGCGGGGAGAAUGUGGAUCAGUGCCUGGGUUCAGAGUCGGAUAGUUCACAGUCCAAUUCAAGCGGACAACUUAGCCAGCCUAUGCUGUGGCCCGCUUGGGUUUACUGCACACGAUACUCGGACAGACCGUCGUCAGGUAGUCCUAGAUCUCGUAAACCAAAGAAGAAAAGCGCAAGUAAAGAGGACAAACGACCACGCACGGCCUUCACGGCGGAGCAGCUUCAGAGACUCAAGGCCGAGUUCCAGACCAACCGCUACCUGACCGAGCAGCGACGGCAGAGUCUGGCGCAGGAGCUGGGACUCAACGAGUCUCAGAUCAAAAUAUGGUUCCAGAAUAAGAGGGCCAAAAUCAAAAAGGCCAGCGGCACCAAGAACACACUGGCACUGCACCUGAUGGCGCAGGGACUGUACAACCACAGCACCACGUCAAAGGAAGACAAAUCAGACAGUGACUGAGACAGAGAAAGUGGGGAGGGGUGGAGGUGAUGGGUGGGGUGGGUUUGGGGGGUGCAAGGUUAUAUUUACAAUGCAAUAAUUCAAAAGAACAAAGGGCCAGUUAAUAAAUAUACCAGCAUUACUGAUGUUAAAUAGAGGCUAUAUCGAAUUAUGUCCAAAAUACAUUUAUUGAAUACAAUUCUCAUGAAAUAAUGGUCAAAUUAUUUCAAAAAUAGGCUAUAUAGGUGCCGUUUUUUGCACUUGGGCAGAGUGGCUCUCUUAAGAAACCAGUGUUUUUAUCGUUCUUCUUUGUCAUGCUGUCACUGGAACCAAGCGUUUUCCACUAUUAACACGACUGACGUUUAUAUAAUACAUUUAUUAGUUAUGUUGAGAGAGAAAAAAAAAGCGAAAACCUUGCUUAAGUCCAAAGAGUCUUUUCUGCUGCAUCCAGGCAACUGUGAGUAGGCUACUAUGAAAUGCAUCUUAUUUCCACGUUUAUCGUAUUUGAUUUGAUGUUUUAUACGAAAUGGACGCAUCAAUCGUCGGAUGUCAGCAGGUUGUUUUUUUAAACAAAAAACAAAACAAAAAAAGAAGAAGAAAAACCUGUUCUUUUUAUUGUAAAUAAAUUCACAGUCUUAGCUUGCUUAAUUUUAAUGAGUGAAUUUGGCGGGGCGGGGUGGGUUUGGGGGGGUGGGGGGGUCAAGACCGUCGUUAACAACAAUGCAUUACGUUGUAGUUUAUCUGGUUGGACUACCAUGUGAAAUAGCCUAACAUAUACGAAAUAUCAUUGGAUUAACCUUUAUAGCCUGGGCAAAACAUUUCAACUAGGGGCGCUAAAUAAAUAAACAAAUGUACCGCAGCGUCUUAAAUCGCAUAGGCCUACAUAGUUUUUAUAAAAGAGCAAUAUAAUCAUCUUUUGUAGCAAAGUAUGUUUUAAUCAUUAUAAUGCUGCCUAUAAACGUGUAGCACUGACAAUGAUUUCGCUUAUGCGCACUCUUGACAAAAGCCAGGGUAAGCGCCACAACACAUCUCACAGAAAUAUAAACAAAUAUAUAAAUAUAGCUACAGCUCUCUCUCUCUCUCUAUAUAUAUAAACACACACAACUAUGGAAUAAAAAAUAAGGAAACCAGCUGUUUACUGUAUGACAGAUGUUAAAAUACUGUUUUAAUGUUGACUUCAUAUUUGUUAUGUAUUUAUAUAGAUUAUAUUAAGGAAAAAAAAAAAUUAUCCAAUGACCGGUGUUGCUUUUUAUGUGAGAGUAGAUUUCUAAGGUGUUUAAAUUGCUUAUUUAUAUUGCAAUAACUUCUUUAUGUGAAUGAAGCGGUAUCGGGGCCUUUGCAUGAAAGCUGCAAAUUGUCAUAUUAGGGCAUAUUCACGCGUGUUUAGAAAAGUUAAAAAGGUAUGAUCGAGAUUUAAGUUGCAGACUGUAUCCAUAUACCAAAUUGUGGAGUUUUUACUGUUUUUUUUUAAUCUUUUUUAUUUUAUACCUAAAAAGAGUGUGUGACUAUAUAGCCACCAAACUUAACACACUUUGCCUUACAAGUUCAAGUGCGAACUUAAUAACAGAACUGUGCCGAAUCAGAA